CUCCGCGAAAGGGUGUGCGUUUUGAAGGUUGUAUGAAGCAAAACACCACCGCAGACAGGAGCUGUCGCCACUUGGCUUGACACCCCGGGACGAGCCUCUAACGCCGGGUCAACGCACACCACAAGUCUCCCCCCUUCUCUCGUCCUCCCUCUUGAGCACAGCCCCCCGACCAAGGUCUUGUCCUCUCGGGAGCACAGAGGAAAUGCCGCAUUCACGGACAUUGAUAUCAAAAAGUUAAAAUACUUGGGGGUACGCGGCAAAAUGCACUGUGGCAGUAGUGUAGCUUCUCUUCAAGGUCAGUAUCUGAGCACCGCCGCCUCACGGACGCGUUUUUUGGGAAGACGGAGGGAAGAAGAGGCGUGGAGGGGGAUGCCACUGUGUCUCGCUUGCCUCCAGCAUCAACAAUGACAUCUUUUCACCAACGAGGGCAUUGAUAGUCACUGACACAUAAACUUGUGGAAUACCGCUGUGAAAAAAACAAGAUAAGCUAGAUUUGCUUUUUUGAGCGUACUUGUUGUAAAAAGAAACUCUUCCCAGCACCUUGGCGUUUCCUGGUUCCCCCCCUCCGACGGCCUGUAUCGGUGCGUCUGUUCACCUGGCUACACCGCUGAAGUGAAGCUAGCUAACGUCAACGGACACAAUGGAGUUCUGGUUCGGUUUAAGCUAGCCAAACCGACUGUUAAAGUCCGUUAGAAUGUUCGACGGUUGAAGUCGUUGAAACACCGUAUCGAUACGAAGUUGUAAUCAACUUCCUUGAACUUGCUUGUUUUUUAAGCGGACUUGCACCAACUUAUAUCUUUCGCCUCUUUUUUUUUCAAUUCAACAACAUGCCUUCGAGGACAGGUUUACACAGCCCGGCUGGCAUCGGGAGGAGUCUAUCGGAGCGGAGGCUGUUCCUGGUGAUGGUUUUGGUGCUACUGGUGGGCUUCGUGCUUCCCCUCGGAGCUGCCAGCCCUCCGGAUAACUGCCACACGGAAAAAGUUGCGGACAAGGUGCAUAACUUCACCAAAAAGGCGUUUCCUGUGCUCGACCUCGACUACCAUCACAUACAGACCCCCUUUGAAAUCUCACUAUGGGUGCUGCUGGCCUCCUUAAUGAAAUUAGGGUUCCACCUGAUUCCUCGUCUGUCUGGUAUCGUGCCAGAGAGCUGCCUGUUGAUUGUGGUGGGUCUGCUGGUGGGGGGGCUCAUCAAACUGGCCGGAGAACAGGUCCCCCCAGUGCUGGACUCCAGAUUGUUCUUCCUCUGCUUGCUGCCGCCAAUUAUUCUAGAUGCUGGCUACUUCCUGCCCAUCCGUCCCUUCAUGGAGAACCUGGGCACAAUCCUGAUGUUUGCUGUUGUGGGGACCUUGUGGAACGCCUUCUUCAUCGGGGGUCUGCUGUAUGCUGUGUGUCAGAUCCAACCAGCUAAUCCAUCAGAACUCCACCAGCUAGAGUUGCUGCCUUGUCUGCUGUUCGGCUCCAUCAUCUCAGCUGUGGAUCCUGUUGCUGUGCUGGCUGUGUUUGAGGAGAUACACAUCAAUGAACUGUUGCACAUCCUGGUGUUUGGCGAGUCACUGCUCAACGAUGCUGUCACUGUGGUGUUAUACCACCUGUUUGAGGAGUACUCAGGUGCUGGCACAGUGACAGUGAUGGACUGUUUCCUGGGAAUCAUCUCCUUCCUGGUGGUUUCGUUGGGUGGUGUUCUAGUGGGAGCUAUCUAUGGGAUCCUGGCCGCCUUCACCUCACGCUUCACCUCCCACACACGAGUCAUAGAGCCACUUUUUGUCUUUGUGUACAGCUACAUGGCCUAUCUGUCAGCUGAGAUGUUCCACCUUUCUGGCAUCAUGGCGUUAAUAGCAUGUGGAGCAGUGAUGCGACCGUAUGUCGAGGCCAAUAUAUCCCACAAGUCCCACACCACCAUCAAGUACUUCCUAAAAAUGUGGAGCAGCGUCAGCGAGACACUGAUCUUCAUCUUUCUGGGUGUGGCCACGGUGGACGGACCUCAUGCCUGGAACUGGACCUUCGUCACCGUCACUGUCAUCCUGUGUCUGGUGGCAAGGGUCAUAGGUGUGGUUGGUCUGACCUUUGUGAUCAACAAGUUCCGUAUUGUCAAGCUGACCACUAAGGACCAGUUCAUCGUGGCCUAUGGUGGUCUGCGAGGUGCCAUCGCCUUCUCCCUCGGCUUCCUGCUGGAUAAGAACCACUUUGCCAUGAGAGAGAUGUUCCUCACUGCCAUCAUCACUGUGAUCUUCUUCACUGUCUUUGUUCAGGGCAUGACCAUCAAACCCCUGGUGGAGCUGCUGGCAGUGAAGAAGAAACAGGAGGCGAAGCGGUCGAUUAAUGAGGAAAUUCACACCCAGUUUCUUGACCACUUGCUGACUGGAAUCGAGGACAUUUGUGGACACUAUGGACACCACCACUGGAAGGACAAACUGAACCGCUUUAACAAGAAGUACAUCAAGAAGUGCCUGAUUGCAGGCGAACGCUCCAAGGAGCCACAGCUCAUCGCUUUCUACCACAAGAUGGAGAUGAAACAGGCCAUUGAGCUGGUGGAGAGCGGAGGGGGAGUCAAGCUGCCUUCUGCUGUGCCUUCCACAGUUUCCAUGCAGAACAUCCAGCCCAAGAAGCCUCCUCCUGCCAAGCCUGCAGAGAGAGCGCUGCCCCAGCUGCCUAAAGGCCGAGAGGAGGAGAUCAGGAAGAUCCUCAGGAGUAACCUUCAGAGGACGCGUAUGAGGCUGCGCUCCUACAACAGACACACUCUGGUGGCUGAUCCAUACGAGGAUGGCUUAGGUGACUUCCUUAUGAAGAAGCAAAAGAUGAUCGAGCUGGAGAAGAAGAUAAAAGACAUGAAUAACUACCUGACGGUGCCUGCUGCUCCCCCUGACUCCCCAACCAUGUGUAGAGCCAGACUGGCCUCAGACCCACAGGCCUACAGCGUAAAGCCGGGGUCAGACAGUGUGCCGACCAUCCAGGUAGACCUGGCGUCCCCUCAGUCUCCAGACUCUGUUAACAUGAUGGAUGAGUUGAGACGAGCUGGCCAGCAGCAGCAGGACGAGGAGCAGGGCCUCAUGAUGAAGCCUCCCUCAGGACCUAACAAGCCAGGUGAGGCAGACACAGGCAGAGACCAGCAGAAGCUGAUGAGGUGCCUGAGUGACCCCGGUCCCAGCGCGGAUGAGGAGGAGGACGAACCCUUCCUGCCUUGAUAUGGCAGACAGGAUAUGGAGGGGUCAGGCUGCAUGCCCUCACUGAUUAGAGAAGAGGGGGCUGCUUCACCGCUCUGCUCUAAAUAAUCUCUUUGGUUCAGAAACCAAACAAGCCAAAACUGCUAAUGCUGUACGAAACCAGAAACAAAAAGCAAAAGAAGAUUGUCUGAAAAAAGAAAGAGCCAUUAGUUUAGUAUCAUCGCUCUUUAUUUUUUUAGACGGGAUCUGAACAGCAGUCGCUGCUAUCUGAGAUAUGGUGGAGUUUAUGGUUGAUAGUCUGAGACAUUCAGGAAAGAACUAUGCAUUACCAAAGGUUUGGACUGUUUUAGUGUCAGAUUUUGUCAUUUUUACUUUAGUGUCAGACCGUUUUUCUUUUUUAAUGACUGCAUAGUUGUUAGUUUUUAUGUUUAUUCAUGAUUUUUCCACUUUUUCUGUCUUCAAAGCUCAAUUCUUUGAGACAUGCUGGGCCUCUAGUCCUAAAUUUAAUUCACAAAGCAAACUGCUUCAAUCCAGUUUUCUUUUUCAAAGACGGCACUUGAGUCGAAAGUGCUUGUUUUAAUCCAAUAUCUCAUUAAAACUGUUCUUUCAUUCUGUCACUUGAAAUUGCUGGAUAUUCAAACAUUUAGAGUGUAUGUAGUUUAAAAUCUUUGGCCUUAUUUUAUGUCAACCUUUUCACUUGGUGCAUUUUAAGCUCUGUCUUUUUUAAAAAGUGUAUUUUUAAUUUCAGGGGUACUAACAUCUGUUUGCAAUCACAGUUUGUUCCAGUGUGCUUGAGAUCGAGGCUAAAAGCUGGAUGUUUUUAGUCACUGUGUAAAAGAACCACAGUUCUUUGUAGUCGUGCUUAGGACCUGCGGCCUUGUCCUGCAGCAUUGGAGGAAGUAAUGUGGACUUAAAAAACUGCAAUCAUUUGCAAAUAUUUCUGACCUAUAUUCAUUUGAAAACAAUACAAAGACAAGAUAGUGGAUGUUCAAAAUGUAAUUAGCUUUAUUUUUUGUAAAUUUACACUUCUGAAUUUCAUGCUUGCAGCACAUUCUAAAAAAUUUGGGACAGGGGCAUGUUUCCCACUGUGUUGUAUCACCUUUUCUUUUGACAACACUUAAUAAGCAUUUGGCAGCUGAGGACACUAAUUGUUUCCCUUUCUUGCUGGAUAUACGACUUCAGUCGCUCAACAGUCCAGGGCCUCAGUUCAAAUUGCUACAGGCAUCACGUUCAGAAUGGGUGUUUGGCCCUGUUUACACCUUCUAUUAACAUGUGUUUUGGAUGAUCAGAUCUAAUGUGAAAAGCUCCAGGUACCGGUGUGAAUGCAUCCAGUGCAUCCUCUAUGCGUCUUAAGAUCCGAUCACUCAGACCACAUUCAUAGGUGGUCUGUGCAGCAUAUGGCCACAUUCUUUCAGGAUUGUAAGCUACUAUGUCAGGGGUCACAUUCAAGGACCGCCUACUCAGAUCGUGUCCUUGCUUAUCAACUCCCCGCCAGUAGAGGCGGCACUGAAGGACCAUCCACGUAGCCACUAUCCUCCCAGCAAAAAGUCACCUCAGUGUCUGUUAACUCAAGCUUACACAGCAGCAGCUGUUAAACAACCCCAAGAAACUCACACCAAAGUCAGAACAACCCGACCCUGUCCGUUAAUAACUGUUUGGUAGCAGCUAGCCCUGCCACUCUGUGUGUGCUGGACCUUAAAAUACAUCCAGGUUGCGGGCAAAGUCUCACCAGUUUGUGUGUAGCACGACAAACCUCCUGCCAGUUAAAAACAACAAUACGUUUGGCCUUUGCAAAUGUAGUGAUGUAUAAGUUUAUUUGACUAUAGAGAAGAAAGUGGGAUCCAAUCGCAAGUGGUCACUGAAGAUGGAUGUGGAGACGUGUUCUGAUGCUACGUAUAAAAAGACAUGAAUUUACUCAAGACGCAUGAUACAUGAUACAGUGUGAUAAAACAGGCUCUAUAUUUACAAAAACAAACUUUAUCAGUUUGAACAUCAAAUCUAUUGUCUCUGUGCUGUAUUCAAUUGAAUAUAGGUCAAAAAGGAUUUGCAAAUCACUGCAUUCUGCUUUCAUUUACAUUUUACGAAGCGUUCAGCUGUUUUUGUACUAGGGGUUGUACAAUCGUGGAGUAACGUUGAGUGUUCGGGCGACAGAUAGUGAUGCAGCGCAGAGGUUUUGAUGUCAUUGAUCAGGUUUGAUUCCCCAUCCAAGUCUUCUGAAGUUAAAUCACGUGUUGUCACGUUUCUGUGUAGAUGUUUUGUGUUUUACCUCAGUUUUUGAACACCCUUUAAAGCUCACGUAGGGGUUAAGUUGUCAGAGUAGGUGUCUCUCUUAUUGAUGUAGUGAAUAAGUGCCCAUCUAACACCUCACCUUCACACUCCUCAUAUUUUUUUAACUUUAGGACCACAUGAGCUGAUUUUAAUAAUAUCGGAUGAAAACACUCACUUCCUUUAACAUGCCUGUUUGCGUUCUUCAGUUUAAUGGCCUUAACAAGAAGCAUUUGUGCUCCACAUCACUGUUCAGCUCGUUGCACCACAAGUGGAGAUUAGUUUGUACAGGAAUCCAUCCACACCUCUUGAAAUCUAAGACUAUAGGCAUGACAUGGCAAAAAAUAGUAAUUCUAUGCAGUAUAGAUGUGUAAAAUAUGUAAAUUAAUGAAAACAUCCUAUAUUUAUGAAUACCCUUUAAAACUGAACUCUUGUUAUCUUGUAAAAAUGCAACACAUUGAGGCAAAACACUGCAAAAUUCAAAGCUUAAAUCCAACACGGGCAUUAAAAUAUACUGUCACAAAAUAGUUUUUGGACAUCUAAACGAGACUGCAAAGUUUCUUCUGCGGGCACGGCAGCAUAGUCUUGUGUUUUGUUGAUACCGUAGGUCUUUCUCUGCUGUGCUGUAUGCUGUUGUACAGUGUGUCACAUACAUUGGGUGUCUUUUUUUUAAACGACCGGUCCGUGAAUGGGAACAUGAAAUGAUUUGUUUUAAAGUGUUAAUGCGAUGAUUUGCUUAUUCAUAUCCAUUUGAACACCUUGUGUGCCACAACCAACAGUUAGAUUGUAAACCCACACGUAUUCUUUCAGCAAAAUCACUUCACUACAUAAACAGUGUAGUUUCUUCAUCCAAAGACAGGACGCAAACUUGAGCACUGAAACAGAGUCUCUCCCUGAGUGAGUCACUGCUCCAGUUUUCUGGCUGUGUUCUAGAUCUUAGUGACCAUUGAAUCCUUCCUGAUCCUCUUACAUCCAGAAGGCUUACAUUACAGCUGAGAGCAACGAGCAGAAAACCCUGACAGGUUGUUGUUCUUUUUCCUUAACUCUUCUUCUCUAAUACAUCUCUAAAUGGCUUGCUGUGCUUACUAUAGCGAGGGUAAGAGGAUAUUUUCUGUGCACUCAUGUAAAUCCGGGUGUGUAACUGUGAAAAUAUGAGCGUACUUGUGCUGUUGUCGAGUGAUUUUGGUCCCUUUUGCCCCUGACAAUUUUCCUGCUCCCCAAUUUCUUAAAGGAUAAUUUCAGCUGAGAGUUGGGAGGGUCAAACCUUAAAGCAUCUCAUUUCCCUGUCUCGACCAAAUUUAAUUUACUGUCGGAAAUGUCAGCGUGUGUGACGGAGUGCUCCAGUGGAGAACUGUGCUGAAAAUGUCAACAAGGACAGGGUCAAAGAGAGAACGGUUGUUUAAAACCCAAAAGUGACAAGCCAAAUGACAUGCAGCACUUUGCCCAUCUUCGAAUCCUCCUUUUAUUGCUGCUUAAAGGACAGUGAUACUGAAACGCUGCGUUGAAUUUAUGAGGUUCUAAAAUGGUGUAUAAACUGCAGCUACAAGACGCCCGAGAACUGUUUCACUCCAUCAGUGAAUGGUUGCUUAAUGCACUGCUGUUGGGAAUGUUUCUGUAUCAUCUUCCAAGAUGCUCUUUGAUUUGACUUCAAUUUUAUGGCAGGUUGUUGCUCAUUUAACCCUUAAGAGCUCUGCGGAGACUGAUAAGUAGGUUUAAUGAAUGUUGCAGCAAGUAAUGCAUUGUAAACACACUUCCACUUCUGAAUACAUGUAACUGUGUGUAUGCAAAGCAGGUCAGUCUCAGUGAAUAUGCAUCAUGCUCUGUAGAUGGUGUGUUUUUCAUAUUAAAAUGGAUGAUGAAAGGUCCAGUGUGUAGGACUGAGGGGCAUCUCUUGGCAGA